AUGCCCUCGCCAUGUGACCCCAAUGUGCAUCCACUGGCAUUGAGCCAGCGGAGUGCACAAAUGCUUCUCCUGCUGGGAGCACCGGCCAUCCUGCUCCACCUUGUCGACUACAUAUGCCAAAGCACAUCACCGCUAUCAACAAGCAGCCGGAGAGACCGAGACACCUUUGAGGUGUUCUCAGGGUCUGGUUCAAUCUACAAGGAGAGCUGCAAAAAAAACUUGCAUUCGGACUAUUUCGAGCUGACAUCCAACCGUGGCACGCUGAAUGACAUGGGCUCUGUGCCUGGAUUCAUCUAUUGUCUCAAAGGGGCCCUUCGGCUACGCAAACAGGCCCUAUUGUGGGGUGGAGUGCCUUGCAGCCUGCUUGUCUUCAUGUCGUCUGGCACCCACCAACGAGGCUUUGAGAACGACAUGAUGGGAGACUUGUCGUUGCCUUCAGUUCGACAAUCGAACUUGUUGUUAUCAAGAUUUUGUUUGAUUGUCCUGGUCUGCAUCUGUAGAAACGUUUGGUGGGCCAUAGAACAGCCUGCAAGCAGCAAGCUGGUGGAGACUCCAUACUACUCGUACCUGAUGUCCCUUCGCUGCCUCAACCCCAAAUUUGUACGACUGUGGCUCGGUGCCUUUGGACAUUGGGCAUGCAAGCCAACACAAUUGUUUGGAAGUUGGCCAGGUCUUGACAAGAUCUACCUGAAGCUUUCGCGGGCCCAGCGGCGCAGAAUCAAGGACCAUCAGAAGCGCACGGGCAUCCAAGUUGUCAAAAAAACUCUCAAGCGAUCUGGUGGUAUCACAGUGCUCCUUGGUAACAUACAUCCGUUUCUUGAGUUGCUUAGUUGGCGCACUCUGAAUUCAAACCAUUUGUUUUCCAUUUGA